CGCGCAGCGGCACACGCGCGCUCACGCUCACGCUCUUUGGCAGUGUCGCGCGGGCUGUCGGGAUCAUGUCCGCCAUGUUUUCACACCAGCCGAGAAAAAAAAAACCGUGAAAAAACAUCAUAACUCGCUCAGAGAUGCCUUUAACCGCCGGAUUUCGAUCGGAGGGACGUCAGUGAGCGCGGCCGCGGAGAGAACCGUUGGCUCGUGUGUGUAUUUGUACCGAAUGAUCCGUGUUUAGCGUGUUUGUGAUCGCUAAAAACAAUGAGUAAACUCUCGUUCCGCGCGCGAGCGCUAGACGCCGCCAAACCGCUGCCGAUCUACCGCAGUAAAGACCUCCCGGACCUCACCGACUGCGUCUCCAUCAACCGAACGGUUCCACAAAUGCCAACUGGGAUGGAAAAGGAAGAGGAGUCGUUAUUAAAACAGAAGUAUGAACUGCCAUGUAUCCAUCUUGAUCUGCAUGAUCAAGAGGUUGUGUUGGGCAGAGAUACAGUACAGAGACCAACCCUCUACGCACACCUUGCCUUCACAGUCAAGCCUGAGCCUCACUUUGACUUUGUGCGUUCCCAUAAAAAGUACAACAAGAGGCCCAAUCUUGAUGCAUUUCGCCAGCCUGGUCGGCCAGAGCGACAGCAAACCAUCAACAAGGCAGACAUUAAACAAUAUGACUUCCACAGUUCUGGAGAGGAGGAUUACCCGCUGUCUCCUGCUUCAGAGCCGGAUGAAGAGAAUGAUCCUGAUGGAAUCUUUGCCUUCAGACGGAAAGCUGGCUGCAGUUACCAUGCUGUGAGUUUCACAUUUUACAUCAAUGCUGGCAAAAUUUUAACCAUUAGGCCACGACUGCCCCAAUUUACCCUCCAUAUUCUUGCACAUGCAGGUGGAUUCACAGAAGAGCAGUUUCACUCCCAUCAGCAGCAGCUGGUUCAGCUGCACAAACAGUUACAGCAGCAAGAACUCCAGCAGAACUCAACAGCACCAGAACUGCACACACACCUCCCCAACACAGUCUCAUCUGACUGCAUGUCUAAGACUCUGGACUCGGCUAGUGCACACUUUGCUGCCUCUGCUGUGGUCAACAGUCCUAACAAUGAAAACAGGCCCCAGAUUGCUAGUGUCAAUGGUGUCCUUCACAAUUCAGGAAGCUUUAGACAAGCAAAAAUGAACCGUUCUGCACAGAGUGGAGGUGGUGGUGAGUCAGGCUCUUUAGUACGGAUGACGAAUGCAUCUAGCCCACAGCUGCCCGUCCCUCAGUCUCUGCCUCACGGCCACGGCCACGGGCACCUGAGCACUGUAUCAUUAGCCCACAUGCACCACAGUGCACGCCUGUGCGCCCCUUCACCCUCAGCCUUAAAGUUGGCCAGUGUUGCUAGCAGUCUGGACCGGGUAACCAAAGUCACCCCCACUAGUGCCAUCGACAUUGCCAGGGAAAAUCACGAACCAGAGAGACUGACUCUCAAUGGAUUAUCAGAGACCACAGUCGCCAUGGAGGUCACAUAGCCCAUCCAAAAACACAAAAGACUUCAGUGCUGAGAGCUGUGCGCGCUUCUACACAGACUUAUACCCAAUAACAGCAUAUCAAAAUAUUAAGAGAAAUUUGUCAAUAUUAUAAGUGUACAUUUUGUAAAAUUGGGAAUUAUCACUACCUUGUAAAAAUAGUAUAUUUGUAUCAUUAGUCUGUCAUUUCUGUUACUUGAAUCCUAGAUUGUUUUUUUGUUUUGUUUUUUUGGUCAUCAUGCUUUUGCACUUGAAAAUGCAAGCAAGACAAGUGCAUCAGUUCAUGUCGGGAUCAUGAGCAUGAAUAUUGGUCCUGCGUCACUUGUUUUAACUAUUUAUUUUGCAAUGUUUACAUUUUUGUAUCUCGUACAAAUAAAUCCAAUUCUGUGACCACAAAAUGCAGACACAGCUAGUAUACCAUGCUUUGUGCUUUUUUUCUUUUCAAGAAGGAGAAAACUGAAUUUGGUUUCACAGAUGUGUACUUUCAGAAGGAGUGAUCUUCCCUUGAAAUGUCAACCAUUUUUAAAUGGUUUAUUUUCUUGCCUUCCUCUCUUUGUCUUACCAGUGUUAAUUCUGGAGACCAAUGGCCUCCAUCAGAAUGUGCUUAUGUGAAGCUCCUUGAGAAAUCAAGCAGAAGACCUUCAAUUUGGCAUUUACUCUCUGCUCUUCUGAUGGAGUCAGCCGAACCCUCAUUUGUAUUUAGCCAUUGCUGGUUAAUCGGUGUGGAAAGAGCUGUUCUGGGCUCUGACUGGUGUUGUAUUGAAAGUAAACUCUACAGGUCACAAAUACUGUCAGCCAUCUUGUUUAUGAAUGCUGAAAUUUAUACAUCCUCAGUCCAGUGUCUUCAAAUAAAUUUCCCCUUUUCAAAUGGCCUUUUUAAUGAAAUGAGUGA